UACGCAUUUUUAAAAUGCAGGACUCCGAAAAUUACGAGUUGGAUCCGAAUUUUGCUGUUGUUUGUUCAUUUCUCGAACGAUUUGGAAAAUAUUUUGGUGACAGAUAUGCUGAUAUUUCCAUAGAAGAUCUCAAAUCAUUUUUAGAGGCACCAGAAGUUGAUGAAAAGAGUAACUUUGUGAGUUUACAUGUUGCCCUGUUUCGUGGGAUAGGAUUCAACCAUUACAGACCUGAGCAAUGGUUCAAAGAUGUCAUCAGGUUUAGCAGAGAUUUUCCUGAUGGUGAUGAUGUACUUAUCCAGGACAAGGGUUAUGCCAACAUUCCAAUCUCUGCAAAGCUUCGCAUUUUAAAGAAUCUUUGUGAGGAUCAGUUUGAGUACAAUGAUCGUUUUAACAGACAUGUCAAUGAGGAACUGGAAGAGGGGUCCAAUCUUCGUCAUGAACCAAUUGGAAAAGAUAAACUUGGUCGAUCUUAUUGGUUUAUGCUGGACAAGGAAGGUGGCCUACGACUGUUCAGGGGAUGGCGAAAUGACUUGACUAAAGAUGAAACUUGGAACAUAGUUUGCUGUGAGGUUGAUGAACUGGAAAAGUUGAUAGAGGUUUUGGAAGAUGCUGACAGUUUAAAACAGAUGGACCCUCCAAUACAAAAGCGUCCUGAUAUGUCUCCACAGAAAAAAAUCUCUCCAAAAGAUCUUCUUUCCACUGCCACAGAGGAUGCUGCCAAUGUGAUGUAUUUCUCAAGCAUUAUGAGCUCUCCGCGAUUUUAUAAACCUCCAAAAGCAAGAACGAAAGCUCAGAUUCUACAGGAUGAGCGGAAGUUUGAUUUACCCCACUGUGAUGUUGAAAUAACGAGACUUAGUAAGAGACAGCUAAGGAAAUAUAAGAAACAGAACAAACCAUCUCUGACAGCUAAAAACAAAUCUCAGGACAGUAAAAACAAAUCUCCUCUAACUGAUAAGAUAAAUUGUGACAAUGAGAAAUUGAACAUGGAGGAUUCUCCAGUAAAAGAGGACUUGCACACUUACUCAGAACAGACAGGUAACUCCUCUGAAAAUCUCAAUACUGAUACUGGAAUUACAGCAGGUGAUAAUAGUGGCAAAUCUAGUUCAAACAAAGAAAGAGACUGUGAAAAUAGUGAAAGAGCAGAUGUUGAAAAUAAAAUUGCAGCAAAUGUUUCUAAAGAAAGGACUUCUGAAGAAAAUGAUAGAAGUGCUAUGGAUCUUGUAAAUGAUUCUUCAGAGAUGGAAAAAGAAAUUGUUUGUGACAAUAUAUCAAACAGAAAUGAUGCCAGCGAUUCUAGUGAAGCAGAUAAAUGUAAUAGAGUUCUGUCUGAUAAAAAAGUAAUUUCUAAUUGUGGAAAAGAAAACAAAGAAGUGGAACCCUUAUGUGAUAAAAGUAUCUGUCAAGCUAAAUCAGGUACAUGUGUAUGCAUAGAAGGCAGAACUGAUUCUAGACAUAAAGGUAAAUGUAACACAGAGGUAGCCCAACCUGUUGAAAAUGAGAUACAGAAACUUGAGAAACAAACCAGGGAAAAUGUAAGUGCUGAGAAAGAGGAAAGUCCUGUUUCAUUGAUAAAUAAUAAGGGAGAUGCAUGUAGUCAGCAAGACGUAGCGAACAACAUUGACCAAAAAAAGACGCAUGUCAUUGAUGAUACAUUUAAUCAAAAAGAUAGUUCUGGUUCUGGCAAACAUAAUAAAGUUCCUGAGGAUGACAAAAAUGUGUUUGACAAUGCUAUUCAAGACCUAAUACAGUUGGAAGGCAAACCUUUAAACGAGUUAAAAUGUGAAAAUGGGAAGAACAAUAAAGCAUUUAUUAAAGAAGUCUCAGAGAAGAAUGAUAUCAAAAAUGUGAAAAGAUUUCUUGAGGGGGAACAAGUAGACAAUAAACAAGACCUGAAAGGAACGUGUGAACCAGACAGCGAUCGCUCUAUAGAUAAUGAUAAACAAGUUAUUGAUCAUGCUUUAAAAGAUCUGAUGCAGUUGGAAGAGAUGAUUAAUCAGGGUAGUCCUUCAAGUACAUGUUUAUCUCCAGCUAGUUCAAAUGAUCUCAGUUUAUCAAAAGGGGAAAACAGAACUCCAAAAACUAUUUCUUCUAAGGAAAAUGAAAGUACCUCUGUAGAAAACACUGUAACUUCUGUUGAUGAAGAGAGUGAAAAGUUUAGUAGUAAAAAGAUUUUACCAUCAAGGAAUGAUGCAAAUAAUGAUGAGAAAUCAAGUUCAGCGGAACAUGAUGACUUAGUAUGUAAGGCUGAUGAAUCUAAAUCAAAUAGUGGUACAGAAAAUAAAGAUAAUGAAGAGGGAAAGCUAAAAGAUGAAGAUGUAUCAACUGAUAAGUUAUGUGAUACAAGGAAAAGCAAUGAUAGAGAGAAAAAAUUAACAGACAGUAUUAAAUCCUCUAAAAUAGAGGAAGGAUUGGAAGUUCAAGACAGUUCUGUGAAAACUUUAUGUAAUGGAAUAUGUGACCGUGAAAAUUCAGACCACUCACUUGCUUGUCAAGACGAAACUGUUGAUGAUAAGAAACUGGUGAGAGAUGUAAGUGACAAAGGUUUUCAAUGCCAGAAAGCCCAGAAGAAGUUGGAUGCUAAGACAAUGGCCAACGAAGAAAAGCCCGAGCUGAGCACAAAGAUUAAACAAACCUGCCAUAACUAUAAAGAAGAAUUGCCUGUCCUAACUAAAAUGUUGAAUGUGAUUGAAGGUAAAAAUGUAGUUAAAAGUGAAGAAAAAUCCGAAACUGCUGGGCAGACAGUGCCUGUAAAAACUGAAAAUAUGAAAAUGAUUAACAGCAAAGAAAAUGUCUUGAAUGGAGAAAAUAUGAAGGAAACUGUACAAAUUGAUGAAAAGAAACCAUUGUCAAUGAUGGUUGGAGAGGAAAUGAUUCAGAUUGAAGUAGCAUCAAAUAACUCAGAUGAGGAAAGUGAAUCAGAAACUCAAAAGAAUGUGAAUAACUCUGCUCCAGUAUCUGAUAAGUCAGUGAAACUAGGAGAUCACAUUUCAGGAACAGCUAAACAUACUGGUAGUUCAGUGAAAGAAAAUGUUGGUAAACAUGAAAAAACGGUGAAAGUAUCAGAAGUUGUGCAAAACAGAGUUUCAGAAUAUCUUAAGCAGUCACUCCAAUCAAGUAAGUUGAAAGCGAAAAGUGGACAAGAGUUACCUCAUGCUCCUGUAAUAGACUUAACUGCAGAAAAACAAAUGGUAAAAGCACUCUAUACUCCUAAAUCUAGUGCAAUAAAUACGUCGAUGCCAAAUAUUGUUUUAUUACCUGCAGGAAAUAGUUCCCAUCUUCCUGUAAAUCAAAGAUCACUACUUGUAAGCACUACACCAGCAGUGCCAGUAUCAAAUAUUCAGACAACAGUCUCAUCAGUUGCUGACCUUUUAAGAACUAUAUAUGUUCCAACUUCCGUACCUUCGACAAUGCGCACUACUUUACCUGCAAGUGGGGUUCAGUUUAAGACGUUAAACUCGGUGCUUGCCAGCCCAGUAGUGUCCUCCAGAAGUAGCACUUACCCAGUCAUUGGAAAUAUGCCAGGUCUAAGAAUGAUUUUACAAAAUAAACCGAGUGGAGGUCCAGUAACAUUACCUUAUAUACAAACGAAUGCUCCAAGAAUUAUUUAUGCUCCUUCACCUCGACCUACUAUUAUUACUUUGCAAAAGCCAGGAAUUGUAGGUUCUAGUCAUAUUAUACAAGGAAAAUCCAUGCAAAAUAGUUCUACACCAAAACAAGGUAAUGAUACUGCUGUGAAGUCAUUACUUGCCAAAAGUCUUGCAACUCCUCUGAAUCAGAACUUACAGACAGCAAAAAUGAACACAGUUGUACAACCGAAUGUUGUGAAUAAGGGAAUCAUUCCAACUACAGUUUUACAGUCCAGUGAUAUGAAAAAGAAAGAGCCAACUGUUUCAGUUCAUAAUGUGACAAUAGUUAUAGGAAGGGAUGGAGUGCAUUAUGAUAAAGCAACAGGAAAACCCUACGUAUAUCCUCCUGACCAGAAGUAUGUGAUUGCUGGGCCUAAGGGUAAAUUCUAUGACAGAGCAACUGGUUAUGAGGUGAAUGUUCCACAUUCAGAAAACCUCAAACAUGUGCCAAAUACAGUUUAUUUAGCAUCUGGAGUCUCUUUUACACAAGAGGCAUUGAAAAAGAUUAUGGCUAAGAAAAGAGCAAAAACUAAAAAAGUUAAAAAACAAAAAGAAGAAAUAACCACUUCUGAUGAAGAGUUUGAAAAAAUGUUGGAUCUCGAAAAAUCAAGUGGGGAUGAAAGUGAUGACACCAACUAUGAUUAUGAAAAAAUCUCGCAACAUGUCAGGGCAGCUAAAGAUAAAAAGUUACCAGCAAGAAGGGCGUCGCUGAAAACAUCUGACAGCGAGAAAGAGGAGGAUAAUGGGAGUAAUGUGGAGAAUGUACCAGUUAAACUCGGCAGAAACGCUAAACGUGCUGCAGCAAGAAAAUGUACUAAUUAUGCGGAAUCAUUAGGACAGUUAAAUUUCACCGAAGAAAUCAUUGAAGAAGAAGCAACAGUGGAGGAGCCAUGUAAAGUGUGCAAUAAAAAUGAGGACCCUUCAACUAUUUUACUCUGUGAUAAAUGUGAUGGCAGCUAUCAUAUGUCGUGUCUCUCACCACCCCUGUCACUAGUGCCUUUAGAAGACUGGUUUUGUCCACAGUGUGAACAUAAUAUGCUGAUAGAGAGCCUAAGAGAGAAAGUGAAAGAAGUGAAAAAAGCUCAAAGGAGAUUCAACAGAGGACAAGACAGAAUAUCAGUGAAAACCUUUAGUAUUGACUCAGAAAAUAUUUUGGAAGUUGAGAGACGAUCUUGUCGCACCAAGAGGGAGGUCAGUUACAAUGAGGCCAACUAUGAUAAGAUGAUUCAGAAAGCUGUCAAAGAGAUGAACAAACCAAAAAAGGACAGAAGUUCAUCUGAUAGCUCUGAUAGUGAAACAGAAAGCGAUACCAAACAAACGUCCAAACUGGACCACAAGCAGCAGAAGAAAGGGAAGGCUACAAAGAGGCAGAGGGACGGUACUAGGAAGUCAAGGCGGGUGAAGAAAUCCAGUUCAUCAGGCAAGAGUAAAGCAAAGAAAAGAAAAUUGACAAGUUUAGAGGAUGACAGUGGUGGCAGUAGCAGUGAAUAUUUGGAGUCAGAGGGUAGUGAAAGUUCUGACACAGAGGGACCUGCUCCGGAUCAGGAGGACAUGGCAGUGGGAGGGAUCUACUUCACAUCAUCAGGACGUAAAACUAAGAAUGUUUCAUACACUUGAAUUGUCUCCAAUAUGUAUAUUGCAAUGUUGGAGAAACCAUGGAGAAUAAACUAUGUUACAGGCAAGCGGCAUUGUAGCUGCAGGACAAGAAAACUUGUCUCAUGAACUUGCUUGAAUGGUUGUAUAUUAGCGUGCUAAACAUAGAAAUGUUACUUGUGACCAUAUUUUACAGACUGAAAAGCAUUUAAAUUUGUUGACAUUGGAUAUUCGCAGAAUUGAUUCUUAUUGAAUGAUGAAACACAAUGUACUGGGUAGUAAGAUGCUUUAAACAAUGUUUAAGGUAGUUCUGAACAUUUGAUAUACCGGAAGUGAUGGCGUAAUGUCAUUUAUCCGGAAAACGUAGAAUAAAGCCUGGAUUCGGCAUACGGAAAUGGAAAUCAUUUUAUGAAUUAAUGACAACCUGUGAGUAAAUUUAUUAAAAUGACACUGUUACUAUAUUUCUAAAGACAAAUUAUGACAUUAAAACAUACGACAGAUUAAAUAAUUCAAAUAAUGUCUCAAAAUUAGUGUGGAAUAUUCGGUGCACUGUAGUCAUGGUGAAAUAUCUCAAAAAUAAACACACACACCUAUACCAUAUUAUAGACCACAUGAUUAUUUACAACUGUUAGAAGUUUCAUUAAAAACUACAUUGUAGAAAAAUUUCUACUCAUGAAAAUGCUAUGAAAGUUAUCAUUUUCCCAUAGACUUCCAUUAUGGAAAUUGCGUGAGGUCCAAAUUUUUCAGAACUACCUUAAAAACACAUACUUCCACGUUGAAUAUUGUUUACAAGAGAUUUUUCUCACUUUCUGUGCAUCAUUGUCAUCUACAUAUUAAAUAGUAAAUACUGAGAUGGAAUAGAUAAAUUUGGAAACUCAUUGGUUAUGUAUAUGAUUAAAUAACUGAUUAGA